AUGGCACAGCCGUCGCAUUGCCGUUCUAAGGGGAUUGGGGGGAAGGUGGGGACGGAGGUGACCAGAACACUCGUAGUAGUGGCAUACGCUAAAAGAAUACUCGUGAGGUCUCUUAUUAACAACGGCAGCAGCAACGGCGUAUGUGAGCAUCUUCGGCACAAUACGGGUGGUCCGAGUGCGAGUGAGCGAAGGGAGUGGGUACACUUUUGCUACCGGGCGUGUGAGCUUCAUCAUCCGUUUUUGCUCGCGAAGAUAAGGAAGAAGGGCGUGAGAGGAAGGGAAGGCGAGAGCAAGAAGAUAGAUGUGGUAGCGGGGGGGGGCCAAGGGGAACUAGGGGGGUUCUAA